UGCGGAAAUCAUUCAGCUUAGAUGUAUCUACGAAUCAUUCCUAUCUCGACGAUAAGUGAGUGAGGGGUUUCAUUCUAAUGCAAGAUGUUGCAGACUGCGUUUAACCAAUUUGGAAUUGUACCAGCUGUAUCCAUCAUAGGUAAGAACUCUGGUGAUGCGACAGAGGAGUUAUAAAGAGAGUCAAGGUAAACAAAACACUCUUAUGUUUUCAUUUCUGGUCAAGUAAAUCUUUUAUCAUUUUAUUUGAUUUCAAUUAUUUGAUUUCAAACAUAUCAAUAUCCGUGAAUUCAUUUUGUCGAGAUUCCAUAUCAUCCAUCUUACAAUUUUCAUUAUUCGGCGUCGAUCAAUAUUAGCUCAAUGGAGAAUUCCUGGAGAGAAUUGGAUAUUGGUGUGAUUGGUGGUGGAAUAGGUGGUCUCGCUGCUGCCACAAGUUUACGACAAGCCGGACAUCGAGUCACAAUAUAUGAACGAGCAGAUUUCGCUGGAGAAGUUGGUGCUUCUAUAUCUUGUGCGGCGAAUGGCACAAAGUGGCUUGAAGAAUGGGGUGUCAAUAUCUCAAUUGGACGACCUGUGGUUCUAGAAAAACUUAUAUCGCAUGAUUGGAAAACUGGAGAGGUUCAAAAUGUAUAUGAUUUGGCCGACUAUAAGAGUAGAUGGGGAUACGUUUACAAUAUGUUUCACAGAGUCAAUAUGCACGAGAUGUUGAUGGACUCUGCUACUGGGUCAAAUCAUUCCGGCAUACCAGCAAUUCUUAAAUGCAAUCACAAAUGUGCCGAGAUCGAUCAUGAACAAGGUAUUGCUACUUUUGAAAAUGGUCUCAAAGUCAAACAUGAUUUGAUUAUUGGCGCAGAUGGGAUUGGGUCACAAGUACGAAAAACUUUGGGAAUUGUGCCGGAUCGAGAAUUAUCUACAUCCACAUGUUUACAUUGUAUCAUCGAAACAAAAGAUGCAAGGAGAUUAGGACUUCGAGAUCUAUCACCGAAUAGUGCUAUCGAAUUUUGGGGUGGACAAGGAAUUCACAAGAUUGUCUUCUCACCAUGCCGAGAUGGAGAAGUUCACUCAUUCUAUUGUUUCUUUCCAACAAACGAAAGUCCUCACGCCGGUGAAGGUUGGAAUAUUAAUCUUACCGUUGAAGAUAUUCUCCGACCAUUUCCUGACCUCGACCCGGAACUUCUUGCAUUAUUCAAGAACUCAACGGACGUCAAACCAUGGAGAUUAUUUGUUCAUCAACCAUAUCCAUAUUGGCAAAAGGGUUCUACUUGUAUUCUUGGUGAUGCAGCACAUCCUAUGCUUCCAGAUCAAAGUCAAGGGGCAUGUCAGGCUUUAGAAGAUGCGGCUGCAUUGGGUAUAAUUUUUGGAAGGAAAUAUGAAUUUGCCAAUUCAAAAGAAACCAUUAGCGAGGGGUUAAAGUUGUAUGAACAAAUUCGUAAGCCUAGAGCUUCACGGGUACAAGCGGCUAGUGCUCGUGCUAGGGUAAAUAUCAAUGAACGGAUUGGAUUUUCAUCGAAUACCAACAAUCCGAAUUACAAAGUAUUGGAUGAGAAGAAGAAAUUAACAAUUGAGGAGAUGAAUGAAUAUGAUAUGGAUUUGGAUAUUAAGAGGAAUGUUUUGGGUACACAACCAGAAGUCGAGAUGAGGGCUAGCUUAUAAAUUUUAGUACUUGCUUUUCAUGGGUUGGGGGGACAUCAAGGAGUACAUUGAGGAGUACAUUGAGGGGUACACUGAGGGGUACAUUGAGGGGUACAUUGUGGAGUACAUCGAGGAGUACAUCAAAGUACAUCAAGGAGUCACAAGGUGUAACAAGGAGUCAACAUGAAGUCAACAAGGAGUACUUGAUUUCUGAAUACUCUAGAUGGUAUAAUUUUCAUUAUUUUAGAAAUUUUGAUAAUAGAUUCAUGAUUCAUGAUUAAUGAUUAAUGAUUCAUAU